AUAAAAAGUUUCUAAACCAUUAAAUUCUGUUUCAGCCUGACGUAACUAAAAUCGCCAUGAUUCGUCUGCUACUGACUCUCGUCUGCGUUAUUUGCAGUCUCGUUUUGGCUAUCGCUCAAUCACAAUUAUGCAAGACCACCACCACCAAGGGAUAUGAGUUUUACUUCGAAAAUGUUCUUGAGAACACGCCUGUUGGUUCGGUGUUGGGCGUUGUUGACGUCAUAGGGAACGCGUCACAUGUAACGUUGGUGCAGGAUGACGGAGGCGCAAGCGAUCGCUUCCGGUUUGAUAACGAGACUCGCGAGGUGAAGGUCAUCACUGGACUUAACUCCGAUAGAGGAUCGGACAUCAUACUAUCCUUCAUAAUUCACUGUCAGAUUAUUGGCAGCCAAGACAGGUCGGACAUCAAGAUAUAUUUGGUGAUGGUCGACUUCAACGACAACCCUCCAGUGUUCAGUAAGACUCACUACAACGUGACUGUGUCGGAGGACGUGCUAGUGGACACGGUGAUAUACAGGGACGUGAAUGCCACGGACAACGACAAGGAAUAUGACGGAAACAGCCGAGUGUCGUACCGCGUUGCCGACUCCACGAACAAAUUGCAUAAAGAGUAUUUUAAGAUCGAUGUACCCAGCCGCUCUGACAUCAAGCUCGCUCGGGCGCUUGACUUUGAGACACUGAGCGUCCUGGUGAUCGAGAUAUGGGCAGUGGACUCGCCAGCACCAGGACGCGGAACGCCUCUGACGGCGACGGCAACGUUAACGGUCUACGUCACGGACGCCGACGAUCUCAAUCCGCAGUUCACGGCCAAUUCCUACCGCGGCGUCAUAGACGAGGACGCACCCAUUGGUACGGUGGUCCAGGUAGUGCCCAAAUUACUUGCCAAGGACGGGGAUGCCCUCAAUGCUACCAUCAUAUACCGACUGUUGGAUCAAUACAACUUAUUUGCAAUCAACGAGACAACAGCCGAAGUGCGUACACUGAGGAAUCUCUACGUCGACGUACCCUCCCUGACGGUGGUCGUUCUGGCUAUCCAAGCGGACAACGCCGAGCGUCAGUGGUUCACGAUGCUUACCAUAAGCGUCACGGCGUCCAAUCUCAACGCGCCAAGAUUCUCCGCUGACAUCUACAACGUCACCAAAUCAGAGCUCGAGCCGGUUGGUAACGUCAUUGUAGCGACCAUGGCCACAGACACUGAUUUUAGGUCUAUAACGGGCACUGUGAUCGGGUACGCCAUAGUGGAGUCCACAGACCAGUUCUCCAUAGACCAACAGGGAGUGAUCGUGUUGGAUACGCCCCUGGACUACGAGACGUGGCACAGGCGCACAUUGCACGUGACCGCUACCGACGGAAGUAACACGGCGACGGCGACGGUGAUAAUCGACGUUGUCGACGUUAACGACAACAACCCGCUACUCUUCGUGGACGCGGUGGAAAUAGCCUCUGAACGCGUCAACGGAAAAGUUGUUACUUCUUUAAGGGCAUCUGACAAGGACCAGGCCGACUCGCUCCGAUUCGAACUACGCUCCUAUGCAAACUUAUUCGCGAUCAGAGGAAUUCCACAGUUUUCGGGUUCGAAUCUGACCUGGGCGGAGGUCUACAUCCGUGCGGAACCGGUUCUGCUUACAAGGGACAAAUACUCCCUACUGCUCUGUGUGAUCGACAGCGGUCAGCCGCCGCGGGAGUCCUCAGUCAUCAUCGAAGUGAACUUUCCGCCGAUCGUCGGCCCGGUGACGCCACUUCCGGGUACCACCCUCGGUAGUACCGGAAGCACUAGAUCGACAACAGAGCCGGUAGCGGCGGCGAGCGUCUUGGUGGAGAAAGACAACAUGCUUGCGAUAAUACUUGGGGCGGUCGCUGGGAUACUGCUGGUGAUAAUCCUUAUCUUGAUCGCGUUCAUAAUCUGGAGAAAUAAGCGUAUGAGGGAGGAGCUUAACAGAGCACGUGCUCCACGCGGUCACUCGGCGAAGGGCCUUACGUAUCGGCAGGCGGAAACACCCGACGAUCUUCCGAAAAUGGAUUUGAGCUUUCAGGAAGAAACCGAUGAUGUGUCCGCGUAUGACGGCGGAACUUCAGUGCAAGAGAACCCAUUGAGCGACACCGGUGUAAACACCGGAUACUACCCGAGCAGUGGAUCCUCUAUGGACAGAGAUGUGGGUGAAAUAAACAUUGAAACCGCGAUCGUGCCGUACGACGAGGACGGUUACGGAUACGAACGGAAAACUCCGAUGUAUGUUAACGAAGAACAACAACCGUAUUCAGGCGAUGAUACGGUUAGUAACAAUUCGAGCCACAGUGACAGCACGGGCGGUAGUCGGAGAGGCCUGGUGAAUUCCAAUCCGGCGGAGGGCGGCAAGCUGACCAGCUGGGACAGCGACGAUAACCUGCAUCCCCAGGGCGCACAGAAAGUGAACACCAAGGGGAGUCUGGCCUCAAAGAAAAAGGAACGCCCUGAGAUCACGGUGUAUUUUUAGAGACUUGUGUUCCAACCUUCAACAGCCAGACAGCGAAAAUACUCAUUUGAAACUCAAGAAAAUGGUUAACAAACAAACAUGUCUUCCAUAAUUCCAAGCCGCAUAAUUGUUCAUGUAUUAAGGAUCGAUCGUGAAUAGGUAUAAUACUUUGUAAAAGCCGUUAACAAAAAUUACGGUAAUGCCUUCUGGUUUUUCAAUAUGUUUCUAACGUUGCAAUAGCCAAAACUAUCCGCAUGCGCUGUGAUGCCUUUAUUCUUGCAUACUGGUAACUUUUAUACCGGAAACCAUUAGUAUUCGUCGUACACUAAUUUUGGUUGAUUAUCGUGGAUCCUCUCAACCAUCUCAAAUGCCGAAAAUACUUUUAAUCAGAAGUCUUAUAUCAGAAAUUUCAUUAAAAUUUCAAUAAUUUAUUAUCAAACUAAAAUGCCAGAUUUUAUGAAUCUACGAAAUGUCAUGUAAACAAAAAUAAUUUAAAGAAAAAGUAAAACAUUCAGUUAUUAUUUUCGUUUGUUUGAACGGUUUAAGUCUUGGAGACCUCAAGGGAUUUCGUUUACCGAAUCUUAACUGAAAAACAUUACUGUAAAAUAAUUAUUUUUCGCUGGGCAUUAAUUUUUGUGGGUUGACCGAUCCCAAAACACGUCGGAACAUGAGCGACGCAAAUUGUUCUUCUUUUCAAAAUCAGAAAUCCGCGAAUUCACGUCUCAACGCCAGAGUCAUUUUGUACCACGACAUUUCAUACCGACGAAUAUAAAUGGUUUUUAUAGCAAAAUUAAAGACUUUAAUGUUUUCACUAAUUAUUAACUGGUGGUAUAGUUAUUUAUCCCACUUGUACAUCGAAUACGGUUGAUUAAAGCCCCGUUUAUUAAAUGUAUGCAAUAAUCAACGGCACGUACUAAGUUGUUAGGCUACGUUGUAAACAAAUGUAGUUCCUUGUAUAUAACAACUAAAUGUUAUAUUGAUGUUAUAAAACUUAUAGAUUUGCAAUUCAAAUUGAAUACAAUUGUAAUUAAUAACGCACAACUCUUUGUCACAGAACGAUAUUCUGAUUUAAAAAAAAAUGAUUAUUUGAUCAGCGGUUAUUUUUGGAACGCGGAGUAAUACAUUGACCUUAGUUACACUACAGUCGUUAUCAAAGUACGACAAACACUCAUGAAAACAAAUUUUGUUUAAAUAAAAAGGUUUACUGAAUGAAAAGUGGGAUAAAUUGAUUAAUAGAUUAGUGUUGAUUAUAGAUCAGGUUUAUCAUGCUCGGCACGAAAACGAAAAAGCACUCGCCAAGGCUCGUGAUUUUUGAUUUCCAAGCCUCGCAUGAUAAACCUGAUCUAUAAUCAACACUAACCUAUUAUUCUCUAUGUAUCCAUACAUACGGAUAGCUGACUCAACAACCAACAUUUCACCGUAAUUCUGAAAGUAUGUGUAAAUGUCCAUGUAUUUUUUAUCAAUUCUUGUUGAAUUAAUGAUGUUCAAUUGUAUUGUUGAUAUUUUUAAAAUAUAUUUAUAUUGUUAUUUAAACAGAAUUAUUAUGAUGUAUGAAACAUUUGCACCUUUUGUGUGUAAAAUGCCAAUUGUUUGGAAUCAUCAUUUUACUGAUUAUUGUUCAGGCGCGUGAUCUGUAUUGUUCAGUGUGUCCCAUUACUUGUUGUAUCGUAUGGUUCGCCAACUUUAACCUGUUAGUUGUGAACUCUAUUAUUAUAAAUUAAACGCUUGAAUGAUGCCAUGUACUUCAAUGGGAUAUUUCUGUGUCUAUUUAACCCGAUACAAGUUUGAAAACUUAUGUAUUCAUAACGGUGCCUUAAUAUAUUCAUGCAUAAAGGACAGUAUCAGCUUAACCCAUUUAUGUCUAGCGUCUAGAAAAAGGCCUUGGCUAACAGCGUAGACACAGAUGAGACGCCGCAUGAUGAGGCGUCUCAUCAGGGUCUGCGCUGUGUGCUUAAAGGAAUUUCUGUAAGAAAUACUCUAAAUAAAGAAAUAAAUAUACUAGACAUCCCUAAUUUUUGGAAAUAAAUUGAUCCAAUUUAGAAGGAUGGGAGAGUCCACUAGGCAUACAUGGGUUAAAUUGGACAUGCCUUAUGAGCCGCGUCAUGCAAAAAUGGGUCUUAUGCCAUAUGCUGCCAGUAAUGUCAGGAGCUUCUCUGUCCGCUAAUGGGACCACGAUACCUUGCAUGACUUAAUUGCGGACGGGGUGACUACUAACCAGACUGACCAAAUUGCACAGGCUGGUCUGGAGCUACGCUGGUCAAAUAGCUCAUAAAUACCAUUUUCGCAUGACGCUUAUCGGAAUGAAUGGCAGGAAUGUAAACGCCCUUCGUCCGUAAGCAAAAUAUUACAUAUAUACUCAUCUAUAUAAAAGGGCUGCGGGCUAUUUUGGCUUACAUUUAAAUAUAAAGUUUGUUCAAGCGUGUAACAACUCACUGCCUUUUGUGUUUGCGUGUUGUGCCAUCCUGAUCCUAUUGUUAAUACGUGUUAGAAUAAUUGUUUGUAUCCCGGGCCAAAGGCGUGUUCCGUACGUCCGUCAUUCCGGACGUAUGUUGCCAACUAUACAAGGCUAUAUGUCAGAAACUGUACAUGUAUGUAAUAUAUCAACAUGAAACUUCAUGGGUGUAUAUAUAUCAAUAAGGAGAAUUGCCUUGCACAAGAACCAUAAUCCUACACUUUCUGAAAUAUGAGUUAUUAUGAGCCCUUUGCUGUUUCUGUAUGAUGUAACCUGUCUCAGAUACGCUACAGGAUUUCAACAUAAAACUUCAUGGGUGUAUAGAUAUCAAGGAGGAGAAUUUCAAUGCAUAAAAACAAUUACCCUACUUUUUUUAUAAAACCGUUUAUCAAUGGAUUUGUACCCAUCCAUAAACAAAAUUUAUUUGGCGGGGGAUAUCAAUUCAAUGAAUUUGCUUGUUUAAACAAGCAUUCUUGCCUUGAAAGCAUAUGCUUUCUACACCUUAUAUCGUGUUUUAAGGAGUCGUUAGAUCUAGUUCUUGUUUCGACAUAAUGCAUCCCUUAAUGAUUUUUUACGUAAUAUAUAAAAUGCUUCUUUCAUAAUACAGAUUGUAUGUAUGAUAGGUGUUUUCAUUCAAAUGUUUAUUUUUUGUACAAAAUAAUUAUGUAUCGUAACUUUGUAUUGAAAUGAUGCAUAUCAAGAAAAAGUAAAAAUAAAAUGACAUGCAGAUA